AACCCCGGUUUCAAAAUCAAAUGAUGAUGUUCAGUAAAUUUUUAUUUGUAUUAUUCAGCAACUUUGAUUAAGAUCAUAUACAUGGUUGUGUUCUGUGUUUCAUUAUUCUAACAAUGCCAAAACCAGAAACUCUACUCGGAAUACCUGGUGAUGGAAGAUGUUUGUUUCGGUCUGUGGUUCACGGUGCUAGCAUAAGAACAGGAAAGCCAUCUCCCAGUGAAAGCCUUCAAAGAGAACUUGCAGACGAGCUUAGAGCUAAAGUUGCAGACGAAUUUGUUAAGAGGAGAGCAGACACUGAAUGGUUUCUUGAAGAUGAUUUUGAGACCUAUGUUGGACAGAUGAGACAACCUCAUAGCUGGGGAGGCGAGCCCGAGUUACUCAUGGCUUCACAUGUUCUACAGAUGCCUAUCACAGUGUAUAUGCGAGACAAGAAUGACAAGAGUUCUAGUGGCCUCAGGAUCAUAGCUGAAUAUGGUCAAGAAUAUGGUAAAGAUAAUCCUAUACGCGUACUUUAUAAUGGUUGUGGACACUACGAUGCUUUACGAAGCCCUACUCGCGGUGCACAAUUCAAGCUGUUCAAGCAAAGGUGAAGGGAUAGUUAAUACAGGACUUGGUCAUAUUCAAGUUAUUGGAAUGUUCAUAUUGUACCUUUCAAAAUGGUACAACUGACAAAAUUAAUAAAUGAUCUUGAUUAUGAAUCUCUC